GAGUUAACAAGUCUCCGUUAUUUUAUUCUGUCUGUCAAUUCCUACUUGUCCGUCCCCUCCAUCUACGCGCCUCUGGUCUGGAUCAACUAUAUUCCUUCUCUGACUAGGCAAUAUCCUCACGACACUUGAUACUUAGGCAGCCGAAGUGGGAAACACUGUGGAUCUGGUAUUCCCAACAUAAUCACACAAGGACCGGUAUGUUGCCAUUGGAGGAAAAAUUCGGUAUAGUAUCGUGAGGUUUCUCUGGGCGAUGAGAGAUAUUCGAAGAGGUACGAGUAAAUAGACAUUAAAAGCCUUAAUAUUUCUCAAUCUGUAGUUAUUUCACUCUUUGACAAAGGCCAAUAUUACCUCUAAAUCAGCCCAGCCUAGUUCAACUUCUAAUACCACCUUACAAUAUGACGGAUAGAAGUAUAAAUGCUUCUGAGGUGCUCAAGCACAAUACGUCGGAGAGCUGUUGGGUGACAUUAUAUGGCAAAGUGUACGAUGUCACAAACUUCGUAGAUGAACAUCCAGGAGGCCGUCAAUCCAUUAUGAGAUUGGCAGGUCGAGAUGCAACAGAAGACUUUGAUCUCGUUCAUCCUAAAGGAACACUUGAACAGAAUCUGCCCGCCGAAGCGUAUCUAGGAAGUGUGUUCUUGGAUACCCAAGAAGCAACAACUGUAGCGGAAAGCAAUUCCUCGGACAGCGCCAGUGAAAUGGUUCCCCUGGAUCAAUUAUUAAGCAUCGCAGAUCUCGAGAAACAAGCCUCUAAACAACUGAAAGAUAAGGCAUGGUCAUAUUACUACUCAGCGUCCGAUGAUGAGAUUUCGAAGAGAUUAAACUCCGAGAGCUACAAGGCCAUUCUGAUGCGCCCUAGAGUCUUUUGCGACGUUGAAACUGUUAGCACCGAAGUAAAGUUGCUGAAUACUCCUUUCAAGCUCCCAAUUUUCAUAGCCCCGGCCGCCAUGGGCCGCCUGGCACACGAGUCGGGUGAAUGCGGCAUCUCAGACGCCUGUGGUGCUCAUGGCGUGUUGCAAAUCAUCAGCAACAACGCAUCCUAUUCACUAGAGAAUAUUGUGGAGAACUCGGCCCCAGGACAAGUCUAUGGCUUUCAACUGUACGUGCAAAGCGACAGCCGGAAGAGCGAGGAUAUGAUUCGACGUGUCAACAAACUGAGGCACAAGAUUAAAUUCAUCGUUUUGACGGUCGAUGCACCAACCCCUGGAAAACGAGAGCAAGAUGAACGCAUCAAGAACAAAGAUUAUCCGUCCGGGCACGGCGCAAAGCCAACUAAAGCGCCAGAGGCACCCGCCGGAGGAAUAGGGAAGGCUCUAUUCGCAGGAACCAGUGGAAGCUUAGUUUGGGGAAAGACUCUCGGCUGGCUAAGAGCUCACACCGAUCUGCCUAUCGUUAUCAAAGGCAUCCAGACUCACGAAGACGCAUGUAUGGCCGUUCGCUACGCGCCUCAAGUGCAAGGAAUAAUAUUGUCGAAUCAUGGUGGUCGGGCAUGUGAUACUGCUCCGCCAGCUCUGCACACUCUGUUAGAGAUCCGGAAGUAUUGUCCCGAAGUUUUGGAGAAGAUUGAAGUUUGGAUAGACGGAGGGGUGCAGAGAGGGACCGACGUCGUGAAGGCACUCGCCCUUGGCGCGCGUGGGGUAGGAUUAGGGAGAGCUCCAUUGUAUGGUUUGAGUGUAGGCGGCGCUGCUGGAGUUUCCAGAAUGAUCACGAUACUCCGAGAGGAAAUUGAAACAGCGUUGAGACUACUUGGAGUCAACAGCAUUGCAGAGCUGAGUCCUAAACAUGUCAACACGCGGGCGCUGGAGGCGCUCAUAUAUGCUGGCGGGGCAAAUUCGGACUUCACGUCAAAAUUAUGAGGGGAUUCCGGGGACAAGACCACUAUAGAAAUCAAGCAUCAUGUGGCAGCUUUCACAAUUAAUUACGUAAAGUAAAUUUCUUCAAUAUCGGGGGCAUUUUGCCGUUCAAAAUAUUUCGUC